UUUAAAAAUGUGUCUGUGGUGUUGUUAUUUCAGUAUACUUCAGUAUACUUCAGUAUACUUCAGUAUGUUUUAUGUAUGUCAAUUAUUACAAUAGCUAUUUGUGUUUUUUGCCCUUUUUGGUUGUUUAAUUAUAGUAAAUUAAGAGUUUAGUUGGUGAGAAAUAGGCAGUUGGAAAAACAGUGUAAAGUAACCACAUAAAUACAAAUAAGUAUUUUUCCAUUCUUUUUAGGAUGGAUAAUUUCUGUCCUUUCUUGUGCGAAAGUAAUUUUUAUGAUAUAUCUGCAAGACGUGGAAGUGAUAAGUUUGAUCUACCUUAUGGAGUGAGGAAUUCAGAACUCCAUUUUCAAAUUGCACUUUCAAAACUUAAAAGCUGUGACCUGUUCCAGGAAGAUGACAGCAGCCCAUCCUGUAAAAAAUGUAUUGUGGUUGGCAAUGGAGGAAUCCUUCGAAACAAGAAGCUGGGUCAAAAAAUUGAUUCUUACGAUGUGGUAAUUAGAAUGAAUAAUGGGCCUGUUAUAGGCUAUGAAGAUGAUGUUGGAAGGAGGACGACAUUCCGACUUUUCUAUCCAGAGUCAAUGUUUUCAGAUCCACUUCACUAUGAUCCUAAAACUACUGCAGUUUUUGUUGUCUUCAAGCGCCAUGACUUAAAAUGGCUUUCAGACCUGUUAAGUGGCAACAAUAUAAUAUCAACUAGUGCCUUUUGGAAGAAACCAGCAAUGAGGAUGAUUUAUAAGCCUAACCAAAUCAGAAUCCUUGAUCCAUUUAUUAUUAAAAGAACAGCGUAUGAAUUGCUUCAUUUCCCCAGAAAAUUUCCUAAACGAUUAAGACCAAAACAUCCCACAACAGGGUUAAUUGCCAUUGCCUUUGCCUUUGAUAUAUGUACUGAAGUUCAUGUGACAGGCUUCAAGUACAACCUGAAAGAUCAGAGCAGUUCUUUGCACUAUUAUGGUAAUGAAACCAUGUCUAUGAUGAUUAAGAAUGAAUACCAUGAUAUCAAUGCAGAACAAAGACUUUUGAAGAACCUUAUAGAUCACCAUAUUGUGAUCAAUCUCACAGAAGAACCAAAUUGAAGAACAAUCACAUUUUUUGUAAAACUGAAUGGGGGAAUUAUUUUUAUUUGAAUUAUUUUUUUAAUAAAGUAUUUAUAGAAAUUUUCCAUUUAAGAAAACUAUAAAUAUAUCUCACAUAUAUUCUAAGAAUGUCUCUGCCUAACUAUUAGUGUUUUCCCAGAAAGUAACUAUCACAGUCAUUUACACAAACAUGUUAAUUUAGUAAUGGAAAAAUGCUGGCUAUAUUCAUUUAACAAGAAACUAUUAUUUCCUCUUUAGUUUUCUGUUUACCAUUUUUCACAUUAUGGCACAUUGUACCUACAUCUUGCAAUGCAGAUACGUAGAGAUCAAGAUAAAAUGUUAUUCAGGCAACAAUUUAUAAUGUCCCUUCUGUUGAGUUUCAAUCAUGAGUAAAAAAAAAAAGGGAAGUGCUAAAAAAAUUAAUACACUUGCUCUCCAUGAUGUGGUGCUGAAAAUGCAUAUAGUUAGUUUCUAAAUCUUGUUUAAAAUGAGACUGCAAACUGUGACUUUUUCAUUAAGGUGAUGUGUGCAUCGGUUAAAGCGACACAGUGAUAACUACUGAACAAUGCUAAAUGUAGUGCAAAAAAUGGCUUACGAGUAAUUUUCAUUUUAAAUAACGGAACAGUGAAAGUAAAGCAGUCACUCUGCUCUUAAUUUCCUGCCUGUUGCAAUUAUAAAAUUGUCUUGAAGUAAUUAAUAUGUAUUCAAGAUGUUGCAAUAGAUGCUUAAAUCAGAAGCAUCUGCAGGAAGAAUUUUUAAAAAGUCGUAAUGGUGACCAUGAUUAUAUGAUUAAAGUCCCACCAGUAUUUUUUUUAAUACGCAGUGCAAUUACGUGAAUGCAAACUAUUUUAUUCCUCCUCCCACUCUUUCUCCAGUGAACCUCCCCACUUAAAAUACGGCAUACUGUAGAAAGUUAGUUUUGGGCCUUGUUCAGAAUGCUGUUUAAAUUGUUUCUUCCAAAUGUUUCAGGUUUUUUUUUUUACUUUUAUUGUAUUUUCUGCUCUCAAUUUUUAUCUUUAACUUUAAGGUCAGUGCUGCAUUGUUGUCAAAGACACCAUAGAGUCAGUGAAAGUAGAAUCCCUAGAGCAGCCUAGAGGUCUGCAUGUUUAAGAAACACUAUUUAAAGGAACAGCUGAGCUAAGGGAUAACAAAUUCUUAUUUCACUUGUUCACCUUUUAGUGACAAAUAUUCUGCUUUAUAAUAUUUCCGUCAAAGCUAUUUGACAUUCUUGGUUUACUAAUGCAAAUGGUCCAAAAAACCUUUAAGUAACAGAUGAUAGUAUUCUUCUAGUAGAACAGUCUUCCUAAAUCAUUGAAUUUGGGGGGGAUUUAUUUUACCCUCUCUAAGUUAAUAUUUAACUCUUUAGAAAACAUAAUUUCUUAAUGUGUUAAUUUUGCUUAAUACUGUAUAGUGCUGCAGAUGACUUGUGUCUUUGAAAUUUCUGAGGAGCUUGAGGUAGAUAGUAGGAUAUGUUCCAACGGUAUUGAGCUACAGUUCUUACAAACAUCAAUGACCAGUUCCAGACAUUAUUUAUAGCCCUAAAUAUUGGAAAACCACUUAGUUGACACACACAAAAUAUGGUUUUGUUUUUUUUACUGGCCAAUUCUUUUACUUCUGUUAAAAAUAAAUAAUUUAUCAUCAUUAAAUGAUUUGAAUAUCUAUAGUCCCAUAAUAUAGUAGUAUGUAGUAUAUUCUAUA